CACUGCCAGCGCUAUCUUCUCUGUCGCGUUUAGGUGUUGACUCGCAGUGUGUUUGUUUCCCUGAAGAUGGUCUCUUUCAGAGGAUUGUGUCACAGGUUCUCCCGCCUGGCAAACGUUGCUGCAAAAAAGCAAUUAAGGAAAUAUGAAAAAUAUUGCACCACUGGCAUCAUGGCAGACAAGAAGAGCCAGGCAGUGUCAGACGGAGAGUUGAACAUGUCUGCACGGGGCUGUGGAGGCAGCAGCUCCAGCCUUCCAGGGACUCCGGGCGGAGAGGUCGGCCCAGCCAACAAUGUGCUGGGCUGGGCCGUCUCAUUUGAGAAGCUGCUGGAGGACCCCUUUGGAGUUCGCCAGUUUACGUCCUUCUUGAUGUCUGAGGUGAGUGCGGAAAACAUUUUAUUCUGGCAAGCUUGUGAAAAAUUCAGGAAGAUCCGAGCCAGCUCCUUGGAAGAGCUGAAAGCAGCAGCUCGCUCCAUCUACAAUACCUACCUGUCUGACAGCGCUCCCUACUCGGUCAACAUUGAUGACACCGUAAAGAUAGAGGAGAAGGACCUGGAACAUCCCACACCUGACAUGUUCAACAAGGCUCAAGCUCAGAUAUUUAAACUGAUGAAGAUGGACAGCUACAGGCGCUUUGUGCGCUCUCCUCUCUACCAGAGCUGCACCUUGACAGGUGUAGAAGGUAAACUUGCACCUCAGCUCUCUAAAGAGACGGUCAGCAUGGGAUCCUGGGAGGACGUGGCCACCAGAAGCCCUUUAAGUAACAAGAAGAACAAAAAUUCAGACUCCAACAGCUUACCAGUUGGCAGGAGUGUCUCGGAGAAUCAACACCAGAAAAGUGGAUCCUGGGGAGAUGCAUCCAACAUCCAUGGUUUAGUCUCCCGGAAAGAGUCCAAUAUUUCGGUGAGGUCGAGCAGCGGUGUGGAGCUCGGCUCCUUCUACAAGCAGAUAGAGAAUGGCAGAUCGAGUCCCCAGUCUCCAGAGCAGGGAGGAGGGAGUCGGAUAGGGUUGGAGGGAGGGUACUGCUGUGUCUACCUACCCGAUGGCAGUGCCUCCCUGGCCCCCACACGUAAUGGCCAACCUAUUAAAGAAAUGCUGGCAAGCCUGUGUGAGAAGAGAGGCUUCCCGCUGAAAGAUGUCAUCAUCUACCUUCAAGGCAAGGAAAAGCAGCCCUUAUCGCUGGACCAGGACUGCUCCGUGCUGCGGGAUCAGCAGGUCUCUCUGGAGCUCCGGGUGAUGUUUGCGCUGGAGAUUGCCUUCACUGGUAAGACUGUGGGGAUCAUGGUGAAGUCCAGUAAGACGCUGCAGGAAGCCCUCUCUGCAGUGCUGCAGAAACACCACGUCAAGCAGCAAGAGGCCCUGGUCACCAUGGUUGGAAGCGACGAGGCUGUGAACAUGACCGGCACUGUGUUCAGACUGGCCAAUAAGACGCUACGGCUUGACAAAACCAAAGGAAACCAGACCAAUAAUUCAAGAGGCAGUAGUUCUGCUGCAGCCUCACAGGCAGGAGCAGUGAGUGCCGGUGGGGUGGAUGCCCGAUCAUUGCUGCAUAAAGACGGGGCCAAGACUCUGCUCAAGCCCAGUAAAAACCGUGAAAUGGAUGGGUUUCUGGACAUGCUGACGAGGGCUCAGUGCUGCAGGGUUGAUGACCAGCGAGGCCUUUUGACCAAAGACCAGCUGGAGGUCCCUCUGUUCCUGAAGCUGGCCUCAGACCAGGGACAGGAAACCAAACCGGACCAACCCAGUACAACCAGCUCCUCCACUGCAGACUCCAAAGAGACAUCAAGUUCAGCCGGAGCAGCGAAGGAAACCCCGGACUCUGCUAAAUCUGAAGCCAAAGACUUAAAGGAAACAUCAGUUUGAACCACUUUUGUGUUUGUGUGGGAUGGACAAGGAAGCAAUUGGAAAUUACAACAAACAUCUCACAACAUCAUGAGACCAAUCAUGUCAAAAGACAGUGAAAAUGGGUCAAGCACUUUUUAAAUAAUUGUUUACAAAUAAGCUCUGAGACAGCAGUGUGCUACCUUCUCUGCUACUGAUAAUUGGCCUCUUGAAGCAAUAUGUAAAGAAGAAGAAGAAGAAAAAAAGAUCAUGGCAAGAACACUACACAUGUUAAUGGGAAGAAUGGUUGCUAUGAAGUGUUUAAUGUAUUCAAAAAUGUUUUGGAAGAGAAGUUUUGGCUCAACAUUUCACCCUGAAGCCGAUAUGUUUGUUUUAGUGAUUCCUGGAGUCGCAUGCUUUACAGUUUGCAGUUCACGUUGCUUUAAUUUCUCACAAUGUCACAUCGCAGUCAUGCUUUUCUAUGAACGCUAAGCAAAAACAUGUUUCUAUUCAGGACCGUCCACAAGGGUUUUUUGAAGUGUAUUGCACAAUUGUUUUUUUUGUCUUUAUUUGAAAUUAGAUUAUUGAAUAUUUUUAACAGAUGAGUUUUUAAUAUUUUAAAUGACUAAUUUUCUAUUUGCAUGCUUGCUUGCUAUUUUCAAAUGUGUGUUGUGUUGUGAUGGCACUUUAAGAAAACCCGGUCAGGUCCUGUUUUCCUGUCACCUCAGACGACAUGUCAGGGUCCAGAUCAUGAAUUAGUAAUGUGAUAUUACAGGAAAGGAUUCAGAUGAUGUGAUCAAAAAUUAUCCCACAAGGUGUAUCUAAGGAAUAAAAGUGUUUUUAUGACGAAA